AUGGCCAUGGUUGAAUUCAAGCACUUUUAUGCUGUUAAAAAAUGUGCCAACUAUGCUUAUGUGAAGUCCCAUCCUUUAUUACCUCAUCAAGUCCAUGAUGCUUUGCUUGAAAGGAUGGGGUGCACUUACUCUGUGUACAGGAAGAAAAAAUCAAGCUUUCCUGAAGUCGUGGUUUUUGUUCCAUCAACAAGAAUUCCUGUGCAAUCCGAUCUUCAAAGGGUGCUUAAGGGAGUAAUUCCACGGGAUCUUGCUGAUAAAUUGACUUCACUAAGGAAUCAGAUAGUGUUGGUAGCAGAGGAUACUGGUGGAUCAGCUAUAGCUGAAUUGAGGCGAGCUUUGAAUGAAUAUUUGUCUCUUCUAAUUGGCCUUACGAAGAAAGAGUAUGGUCUUGAAGGACUAAUAGAUUACAAAUGGAAAAAUUUAGAAGAUGGGAAACAAGAUAGCAGUGUAACAAAUACCUGGUUUGAGGUGCUAUCUGCGGUUCACCUUAUGGCUAUGCUGACACUUUCUGAGGCUGACUCACUGAUGAUUCCAAAAGACUCCACUGGCUCUGGAUUCAGGGUUGUAUCUUCAGAUAGCAAGAGGGAAGCAAUUGAUUUGUUACUCAAGGCCUCAGGAUACCUGGAGUUCUGUUUAAGGGAUAUUCUUACUCGGAUACCUCCUGAAAUCAGGAAUAUUUUUCCGCACGACCUGCAGGAGGGUGUAUUGGAGGCUAUUGCUAUUCAAACACUAGGCCAGGGAACUGAGAUUCAACUUGGUCUUGCGGUGGAAUGUCAGAAGGCAACUUUGUCUGUGAAGAGGAGGUUGGCAUGUGAACAGCUGAUAUACUUUAGUCAGGCUUAUCACUGCUUGCUAGGAUGCGACACCAACCAAGGGCGUGGAAGGAAGCAUCUCCGAUUCAUUAAAUGGAAAUUCCUUGAAGCCAAGGCUGCAGCCUACUACUACCAUGGUCUGAUCCUUGACAAGGGUAAUGAACCGAACAGUUCCAUUGCUGCUGUGUCUUGUUUUCUUGCAGCAGAAGAGCUUCUGGCUGAAAGCAAGAAGGCCAUCUUAAGCUUUUGCCUUGCAGCUCCAGUUACAAGGGCUCCUCCUCUCUGGGGUGCUAUGAAAUUCUUACAUCAGAAAAUUCCUGAAGUUGCAUCAAGGAAGUCCCAGAUGCAUGGCUACCUGUGGGAGCAAGAGAAGGGUCUCCAAUCAUUGCCAGACCUUCCUGAGUUUCAAUUAUCAUUACAUCCAGAUGACUAUGAACUGCCUGAAAUUGAUCCAGCAUGGGAUAGUAGAAACUGGGAAACUCUAGGACAGCCAUUGAAGGAGCACCUUAUAGAUAGUGAUGAGAAUCCAACUGAUUGA